AUGGGCUGCUGCCAGACUUCGCCGGGGCGUUCCUGGCUUCUUCCCACAGUGAUGCUCUGCUUAUUUGGGUUUUUCUCAAUGAUGAGGCCCUCCGAGCCCUUCCUCGUGCCUUACCUGACAGGACCAGACAAGAACAUGAGCCUUCCCGUGAUCACUAAUGAGAUCUUUCCUGUGUGGACUUACUCCUACUUAGCCAUGCUGUUCCCCGUGUUCGUCCUCACCGAUUAUGUCCGCUACAAGCCCGUCAUCGUCUUACAAGGCAUCAGCUUCAUCGUCACCUGGCUGCUGCUGCUCUUUGGCCAAGGGGUGAGAACGAUGCAGGUCGUAGAGUUCUUCUACGGGAUGGUCACCGCCACCGAGGUGGCCUACUACGCCUACAUCUACAGCGUGGUGAGCCCGGAGCACUAUCAGAGAGUGAGCGGCUACUGCAGGAGCGUCACCCUGGUGGCCUACACAGCAGCCUCCGUGCUGGCGCAAGUCCUCGUCUCCCUGGCCGGCGUCUCCUACUUUCACCUCAACGUCAUAACCAUGGCUUCUGUCUCCCUGGCCUUCUUGGUCUCACUUUUUCUACCCAUGCCCAAGAAGAGCAUGUUUUUCCAUGCAAAAUCCAGCAAAGCAGCUCCUCAAAGUCCACCAGGAAACGUUGCUGGAUCGGAGCAACCGCAGCAGCAGCAGCACCAGCCAGAGCUCUUCAGUGUUUCUGGAACUCUAGAUGUUGACCAGUUGAGUAGCCCUAAGACCAAGAGAGUGGUUUGGAGAGUUUUCAUGCAGUGGUUCCAAGAUUUGAAGGAGUGCUACUCCUCAAAGCAUCUUUUAUACUGGUCUCUGUGGUGGGCAUUUUCUACAGCCGGUUAUAACCAAGUUUUGAACUAUGUUCAAAUCUUGUGGGAUUACAAGGCACCGUCUCAAAGUUCUACCAUAUAUAACGGAGCAGUAGAAGCCCUUUCAACAUUUGGGGGGGCCGUGGCAGCUUUUGCCGUGGGUCACGUGAACGUCAACUGGGACCUGCUGGGAGAGCUGGCUCUGGGGGUCUUCUCAGCUGCAGAUGCGGGUUCUCUACUGCUCAUGUACUUCACAGCCAGUAUCUGGGUGUGCUAUGCCGGCUUUCUGAUAUUCAAGUCAAGCUACAUGCUUCUCAUAACCAUAGCUACCUUUCAGAUUGCCCUCAAUCUCAGCGUGGAACGCUACGCCCUGGUGUUUGGGAUCAACACCUUCGUGGCCUUGGGGAUACAGACCCUAAUGACCGUGAUUGUGGUGGAUGAGAGAGGCCUGAGGCUCCCGGUCAGCACACAGUUUUUAACUUAUGGGAGUUAUUUCUCUGUCAUCGCUGGAAUAUUCCUGUUGAGAGGCAUCUACAUCAUCUAUUCAGCCAAAUCCCGAAAGAAGAAAUGCGGUGCUGUGGAGCAGAAUCCAGAUGAGUCCACAGACUCAACUAAUGACAUCAUAGUAACACGGCUUUAG